GACAUCAUGACCUGAGCCAAAGUUGGACGCUCAACCAACGGAGCCACCCGGGUGCCCUGAAUGACUCCGUACCCUGAGGCGCUACCAGACUCCCGUGGCUCUGUGGUCUUCUGGUGGUUGUCCCCUGCCCGGGGCCAGGCUCAGGUUCCAGAGCACAGCCUAACAGGCAGAUCGUUUCCACAGGCCGGCCCAGAAUUUCUUUCGCUGGAUCAACAAAGAUCCGAGUGGCCAGAAUGGUGAUCGCACGCCGAUUUGGGGUGACUCAACCUGUUUCACAACUCUUCUAACACCCAACACUGCACUGCAUCGGAGUCAAUGCCUUUAGAACACUGGCUCCAGGGGAAUCCACACAAGUGAGGCAAUCCUACUAUAUUCCCCCAGUGCAUGAGCCACUGGCCCGCGCAAGUGAAACAGGCUCAAGUGGGCGCGUCUUCCUCAGAGGGUCUGCAGGAGCCCUCGGCGGGAAGAUCCUAGUGCCCGUCCCAGCGUCCAGAAACUACCUUCCCAAAGGUUGGGCGGGGCAGGACCACGGCAAGUCAGGUGUGUUCCGUGCGUCCCGACUAAAUGCACUAGCAAGGGGCACGGCGCCAGCUCCCGAGACAUGUGGGGCGUCUCUCUAAGAGGAGGUUCCCCCAGUUGGAGAAGCGGACAGGUUUCUGUGGGAGCGGAAGCCACACGGCCGCCUCGAAACCGUACCCGGGGGCUCGCGGGACCCCGAGCCCGGGCUCCCAGGCCCGGCGGCCAGGUCCCCCGUGCCGCGCGCGCUCCCGAGGGCCGGGGGCGGGGCGGUCGGGGCGGCGGCGGCGGCGGCGGGGGGCGCCCGCUCCUCCCCCCGCGGGCUGCAGGGCAGUAGGCGCCGAGCCCCCUGCGCGCGGCACAUGGGGCGCCUGACUGAGGCGGCGGCAGCGGGCGGCGGCGCUUCAGCGGCGCGCUCGGCCGGGCCCCCUCCCGCUCCCCUUCCCCUGUCUUCCACCUCCCCCGGGUGCACGGCCACCAUGGCGUCCAGCGAGGAGGACGGCGCCAACGGCGGCGCCUCGGAGGCCGGCGAGGAGCGGGAGGCCCCCGGCAAGAGGAGGCGCCUCGGCUUGCUGGCCACCGUCUGGCUCACCUUCUACAACAUCGCCAUGACCGCGGGGUGGUUGGUUCUAGCUAUUGCCAUGGUACGUUUUUAUAUGGAAAAAGGAACACACAAAGGUUUAUAUAAAAGUAUUCAGAAGACGCUUAAAUUUUUCCAGACAUUUGCCUUGCUUGAGAUAGUCCACUGUUUAAUUGGAAUUGUACCUACUUCUGUGAUUGUGGCUGGGGUCCAAGUGAGUUCAAGAAUCUUUAUGGUGUGGCUCAUUACUCACAGUAUAAAACCGAUCCAGAAUGAGGAGAGCGUGGUGCUUUUUCUGGUCGCGUGGACUGUGACAGAGAUCACUCGCUAUUCCUUCUACACAUUCAGUCUUCUCGACCACUUGCCAUACUUCAUUAAAUGGGCCAGAUACAAUUUUUUUAUCAUCUUAUACCCUGUUGGAGUUGCUGGUGAACUUCUUACAAUAUAUGCUGCCUUACCCUACGUGAAGAAGACAGGAAUGUUUUCAAUAAGACUUCCUAAUAAAUACAAUGUCUCUUUUGACUACUAUUAUUUUCUUCUUAUAACCAUGGCCUCAUAUAUACCACUGUUUCCACAACUUUAUUUUCACAUGUUACGCCAAAGAAGAAAGGUGCUUCAUGGAGAGGUGAUUGUAGAAAAGGAUGAUUAAGUGAUCCCUGCAAACAAGGUGCUUUUUCCAGAAUAACCCGGAUUACUUGAGUCCAAGUUUUAAUAACAAGAAUAAACAACUUUAUGAAAUAUUACAGCUUGUAUGAUUUCUUAGAAUAUAACUUGAGAUGUGGUAUUUGCCAAUAUUUGUCUUCACAUUGUGCAAGGUCAGUUUCCUAUAAAAACUGCGUGUGUUUAUUAUCAACUCCCGGGUAGGUGAUGAUCAUGAAGAAUUGGCUGUGUUACCUGGAAAAAAAAUACUUUUUUUUGUUUUUGUUUUUGUUUUUAGCUUUACUCAAGUUUUUUUGUUUUUGUUUUUGCAGCAUAUGCUCCAGGGUUUUUAAAUCAAUAUUUACAAAUGAGUUUAAUGAUUUAACAUUAUGAUACUUGGCGGUGAUAUUUAUAUGAUAUUUAUAAAUGAAAGUAAAUGCAGAAUUAUAAUAACUUGUUAGUAAUGUAUUGGUAUUUCCUGAACCCAAGAUCUGUUUCUUACAAGUUAGAUGGCAGCAUUUUUGAUUAAUAACAAUUUUUGGAAACAUGGACAUAAUUGGCUAUGGUAGGACUUUUGAUAAAGUAGCCAUAUAACAAAAUAUCCAAACAGAUGUCACAAUUGGAAAAUAUUCUUUGAAUAUAUGUCUAGGCUGUUAAAAUUACGUAUACCACUAAGCAAAUUUAUUUCUAUUUGAAUUAACCUUCAAGGACCACCUUUUCGACUAUAAGGAUUUUAAGGGAUUAGAAAGAAUGAGUAUAUACUUUGCCUCACUUGUAAAAAACAAAAGAAUAACAUUGGGUCUGAUCAUAACAUUAUAGUUAGAACUCUGGCUGCAAAAGGUUUCUCUGUACCUAGACUCAUCUAAUAAAAAUCAUGAUAAUCUCUUUGUGGUACUUAGGUAAUGAAAAGUUUUGGGGUAUGACAUGACAGACUCAUUUUAUUCUGAAUUCCACUGAGUUUAAGCAAAAGAGUCUUAUAGUAAAGCUCCUCGCCGUGCAUUUAGUAGAAAGACAUAUGGAAGAUACUUUAAUACUUACUGCUUUAAUUCUUAAGUAGGCCCUUUAAAUAUUUUCCCCCUUACGUUAAGGUAUGCUGCUUUACUGGCCCAGUUUAGAGAGGAUAUGAAAUAUGUGACUUUAAAAGAAGAGGGUUUUUUUUUUGCAUCCUGCAGCUAUGGAAGUGUAACUUUGGCUUUAAGUGUUUUGUAACGUUUGCACUUGCAAUCAACAUGUAGCAUUACACUUUUCAAAACUGUUUUGCGUUACCUCCUCCUUCUCUGUUUUCUUCCUGUGGAGAUUUGUAGCGAGAAUAUUUCUGCAAACUUUCAUUUUAGAUAACGUGAUUUUUGAAAGGUGCUAUUUCCUGUAUUACAUUACACUUUAAUAUUUCUCUGCAGCUGAAUGUUUCAACGAGCACAGUGUAUUCUAUGUAUUAGGCUACUAAUUCUCAAAAUGCAAAUGUUCAUUCUGCUUUUUCCACUGCUUGAUCUGUUUUUGUCUUGAAUUUUUAUAUGGGAGAAAUUUUCAGGGAGUUUUUCCCUUUGGUA